AGGAUGUGACGGAGAUCAUAGUGACGUCAGGCGGGGCGCCUGAUUGCUCCACAUCGUUGGCAGUUUAGUGGGUGUGUUGGCGGUGUUUGCUUUCUCCCAGUCUCCACCAGCAUCUCCUCUCUCCCCCGCCACCACCAUGGCCGGCGACCACAAGUGUCCAGUCUGCCAGUCCACCUUCACCCGGCCCCAGCAUGUCGCAAGGCAUAUGCGCUCGCACACCGGCGAUCGGCCUUACAAAUGCCAGCACUGUGGCGACCAGUUUGCGAGGAGUGAUCUGCUCUCGCGGCACGUAAACAAAUGCCAUGCAUCAGAGAAGCCUCCGACCACCACGGUACCGAACCGUCGCAAAGGCUCCGCUGCGGGCUCCCGAGCGACCACGUCCAAGCAGGCAUGCGACCAGUGCGUCACCUCCAGUUUACCUUGCGAUGGCGCGAACCCUUGCUCCAAGUGCGUCCAGCGCAAGUGCCGGUGCACCUACGUCAAGUUUCACCGCCAGACCAUGCCGCAGGGCCCAGGGCAUCCAGUCCCCAACCAGAUUCCACCUGCAGGCCGCGGCCUCCUCCCUGGGACGUCGCGUCUCCCCGAUGACUUCGUUCUCGGGCCCCCGCAGUCGUCAUUCAAUUUCCCUUCCAUGUACCAGGCAACCGGUGGUGAUUAUGCGCUCCCACCUACGUCAUCCCUGUACUCCACUGGCUAUGCCAACGGUACAGAGCACGCCUCUAACCCAGGCCUGACGCUACCUGCCGGCGCCUCGCCGGAGCUUGUUGCCCGUUACCGCGCACAGGCUGAGCUUCUCUCACGUGCCGGCGUUCUUCCCCAUCAGUCCGCCCUCUCCCUCAACGGCGCGCAGACAGCUGCAGCCACCGAUGGCGGCGUCCUGCCCUCGCACACGCUCUACAAUGAUCCUCAGGCACAGGUGUCCUACAACCGCUACUCUCUCCCAAUGCCUGCGGCCUCUACGUGGACACAGGAUGCCCAGCCCUCGCAGCAUUCCUUUCAUGGCCUCGACGAGCACCGCAAGGAAUCCGGCUACGGCUACACCGGAGCGCGCGAGUCCUUUCCUGCGCGAGACGGCAACGUACCCUCAGGAGCAGGCGAACCGUCGCUUCAGACCCAUCCUCCCGCGUAUGGACCCACGUUUCCGUCCUUAUCCUCCUCAGGAAACACGGGCGGCUACCACGGCCCCAACAUCUACCACCACAACCAGCGGUCCGAGAACUUGACCGAGGAUUUCAGUAGCGAUGGCGGGAGCACGCAUCACUCACAUUCGUUGCCAGGCAGUGCGCAGUCUAGCAAUGUCCACUUACCUUUGCCUGAUCAAUCACAGGCACGCCAGUCGUACUCGCUGCCCGGCUUCACUCAUCUUGACCCUACGAACCCCAACAACCGGGACUCGGGCAGCUCGAACAACGCCGGCUCGCAGGGGGAUUCGGGCAAGAACGAACCUGUGUUUGCACAGGAUGGCCAGGGUGAGGGAGGCUUCUCGUCCGCCUUCGGGCUCAUGUCGCUCGAUGAUCCCAAUGUCCUCGCGGGCCUCGCUUCAGAUUCUGCCCCUUUCUUUUCGAAUCUUACUCCCGGUGCGUCUGGGCUUAACCUCCCGACGCCGACACAAGACAUACUCGCGGCCCUCAAGACGGGUAGGAGUGACGUUGACAACAAAGAAAUGCGUGAAUUCUGGAGGAUGUACCUUCGGACGCCACUAAGCGGUCCAGGCGCGAACAAUGGACUUCCGCUCGCUACCCCCACGGGCCCGGGCCAGAUCCUGGGUGCAGGCAGGCCCUCGCCGACGCGGAGGCACUCACGCGUUGCAAGCCUUCCGAGCAUCAAGACGCCGACAGCACUCGCGGACUCGAGUUCGAACGUGUUCCCUGCCCUGACCCGGUUCCAGCUCCACAUGCCCAGCGACGCGUCGCGGGGACCGGAGGGACGAGGCGAUGAGCAGCACAACGAGGGGCACCCAGGCGUGUUCUCAAGCAUGCGGACGACCCUGCAUGAUGCCGACGAUCUGAGGAGCUACGAGCAAGCUGUCCUUGCGCGCAGGGCGCCGAUGAACUUGAACCUGGUCCCGAAGCGCCGAGGGACGAUGCCUGCAGGGACCGCGCCACCUCAUGGAAUUCAGGCUCAGCAGUCGCAGGGGGACUCCGAUAGCAGCAAGGCUAACAGCGUAAGCCCGAACAUGCCGCACCUUCCACCACUCGCGCCCCCGCCCAACAAGAUCCCCGACUUGCUCAACCGACCGUUGUCGGCGGCAUCUACGAAAUCUUCGCUGGCGUAUGCCUUCGGAAGUGCGGACGCCCGACAGAUGCAACAGUCGCACGAUUCGCGACCGUCGUCACAGAGCGGUCCACAGCCGCAGACGCAGACGAUGCGACCACCAUCGGGCGGAUCGGUGUCGACCACUGCGGUUGGCAGCGAUACUGGCACGGAUUCUGAUUCGUCCUAUCGUCCGUCGUUCAAGCGUCUCGCGUCGCAGACCCUGGGGCCCGAGAAUACGAAGCGUGCGCUGCUCGGGCCUGCGGGGUGGGAUGAUGAUGCCGGUGACGAAGAGGACGAGGAUGACGGUGACUUCGGUCGGCGCAGCUUGAGCGUUGGCACAGACGAGGGGGCAGCACACGCAAACAAGUACGGUGCUUACGACAGACUGAUGGCCCCCUUGCCUGAUCACCACCGCCGGGCGAGUGCGUCGACGGCCGAGUUGCCUCCACCGGGGCGGAUGGAGCCGUCGACCGCUCCGAGUUGAAAUGCGUGCGUACGUCGUCGGUAUGCUUAUGGGCAGAGAAGGGCAGCAGGCCCUCUCGCCGUGUCUCAAAGAAAUGACGGCUGAUCAGCCGCGGUUCGUUCUUCUAGUGUACAUUCUCCCCUAAUGACUGCCCUGGCCAUCAGCGCCGGCAUGUGGACGUUCACCUUUUGUGUGGCGACGUGCCUGCGGUCUGCAUAGCGUAUACCAUGAUGUCUGUCUGUGUCUAUGUCCGUGCUUCGCGCCCCCUCCCCAAACCUGGUGUUCGGGACGUGUGGCUCCCGAGUUAUAUACUGUGUCGUCGUGGUGCGCUCCUUAUCCUCCCCUCCCCCAUGUUUGUCGUAUUCUUGCACGAUUUCUCGAUGGCUGCCGUU